AUGGCGGUCGUCCGCGACGCCGCGUGGACCAUCACGCAGUUCCGGGCCUGGACGGCGCAGCAGCCGCUGAUCCACCGCGCGUCGCUCCAGACGGGCGGGUGGGAGCGGUGGGCGCAGGUCGACUUCAGCUCGUGGCUGAACCAGAACAACACGCAGACCAUCUGCGAGGACGGACCGUACGUCGACGGGCUGCGCAACGACCUCACCGUGCUGGGCGCGCCAGGGGCGUGCGUCGAGUUCAAGGUGCACAACCACUUCAGCGAGCAGCUGACGGCGUACCGCUUCCGGCUGUGGCUCGACAUGCUGAAGCUCGAGAACGCCACGCUCACCCCCCAGCGCGCCACCCUCGAGAAGCUGUCCAUCGGCAUCGCCCGCCGCCCCCAGGUCCUCGCCUACCUCCAGGCCCACUACGUCGGCGUCACCGCCGGCAACUACCUCAACCCCGGCGGCCGCCUGCAGACCCUGUUCGGCCCGUACACCCACGUCGAGGCCACGAGUCCCUCGGGCGAUGUCUUUGUCAUCUCGUACCUGCAUGUCAACUACAUGGGCGACGGCGGGGAUGUUGCCAUGGGAGGCGGAGGCGGUGGUGACGGUGGAAGCGGUGGUGGUGGAGGAGGCGGAGGCGGAGGCGGAGGCAGUGGCGGCGGCGGCGGCAGCGGUGGAAGCACCAGCAGCAGUGGAACUGGGGCCAAGCCCAUCCCCAGCUCGAGCUCGUCCAGCUCGACCACCACCACGUCAACGUUGCCGGUCGGCGGCACCGUCUCGUCUAGCAUCGGGUCUAAGCCGGGCCCUACCUCCACCUCGACUAGCGUUGGCACGGGGCUCAAGAGCCCUACCACAACCACCACCACCACCACCAGCUCUGGCACGGGCUCCAAGAUGCAGAUUGGCUAG